ACUCAAGAACUCAGCACUUCCCCCCCCAGCUGUGUCACCGCCAGGCAGGAGAGGCUGAGGGCACCAGGACACGCUGGGCAGCCCCCAGUGAUGCCCCUUCCCUGGGCCUGAGGAUGGCCAUGGAGCUGAGAGCCCUAUUCCUGCUGCCACUCUGCUUCCCAGGUCUCCAAGGCCAAGCCCCAGGAGCCCUGAGACGACGGGAAGGGGACACUCUGUACGUCCAGUGUCCUUAUGCACCAUGGACUACUGACUCUCAGACAAAAUGCUGGUGCCUCCUGAAAGAUGGAAGAUGUCAAGAAUUAGUGAACACCUACAGCAAACAAUCCCGGGACAGGAGAAUUAUAAUAAAUGAUGACAGCACUACUGAGACUGUUUCUGUCACCAUGGUUGCCCUCAAGGCAGAGGACUCAGGCACAUAUUUCUGUGCUAUUUACAAAUCUUACUAUGACUAUCCACGGCUGAGGACGAUCUCACUGAUUGUUUUCAGGGAGCUGCUGCAGUGGGAGCUGGACACCCUGACAGUGCUGUGCCCAGAGGGGAGUGGUGCCUGGUGCCGAGGGCAGGCUGAAUGCACAGUGAUGAGCAGACAAAGAUCUUCCAAACAGAGUGAAAUGAAAUCCCUGCAAGACAGAGUGACAAUGCAGUAUCAUACUCAAGGGGCUUUUGUCACCAUGAAGAACCUGCAGAUCCAGGACUCUGGUGUGUACUGGUGUGCACCGGGGGACUCCAGGCACACCCGGAAAAUGGAGGUCGUGCUCUCUGUGUUCAAGAGGACCCAGCAGCUCACAGCCAAGGAGUCAGGCAAGGUCUCUGUCCAGUGUCACUACAAGAUCGCCGAGCACAGCACUGCCAGCAAAGCCUGGUGCAAACAGGGAGAGGGGAAAACGUGCAGCGUGCUGGCCACCACCAGGUCAGAGUCCCCAGCAGCAAACAGCACGGCUCAGGAGGGUGUCAGGAUCCAGGAUGACACCCAGCAGGGCAUUGUCACCGUCACCAUGGAGCAGCUGCAGGUGCAGGACUCGGGCGUGUACUGGUGCGCGCUGCAGGACGGCUCCGGGCUGCUGCGCAUGGAGGAGGUCACGCUCAGCAUCUCCAAGGCAUUGCCUCCAGGAGCUUUUCCAGACUCUGGAAGCCAAAGUCAAGAUGUUCUUCUGGGUGACAGCUGCAGUGGGAACACCUUCCUCAUCCUGUCCGUGGUGCUGCUCCUCCUGCUGCUCCUGGCCCUCCUCACCUGCAUAGCCCUGGGUGUCAGGUACUACAGGCUGCUCCUGAGAACAGGUAUCAGAGAAGCAGAGGACACCAGUGACAGAGCAGAAGGCACAGCACAGCCUGGCAGCACUGGGAGGAGGGAAAGUUCCCAGGAUGACAGCAAAGGGCCAGCAUACAUCAACCUGGAUGUGCAAUCCUCCCCCAGCCCUGAGGAUCCUCUUUACUGCAACGUGGAGCUGAGCCAGGCUCCCAGGAACCCCCAGCACGUGGAAUAUGCCAUCAUUGCCUUCAACCCACCCCCAAGGGCCAGCAGGGAAUGAGCACAGGAUCCCAAACAAGCCAGAAAUGGGAGGAAGGAACGGGAAUACACGGUGGGGAUGAGGAGUAGGAGGUGUGUGUGGUGCUGCCUGAGCAUUUUCAGCCCUCCCUCCUGUUUUGGGAAGCAGAGGUUUUGCCAGCUUUGUGGCAGAUUGGCUCGGGUCAGGCAGAGCUGUGGGGGCACUCCCAGAUCUCUUGUACAUCUUUUCCAAUCCCAUUAAAGUGCAGAAUGGUGA